AUGGCUGAUGGCUCAAGCUCAAGGUCACUUCUUUUUGUGUCCAAGAGCAGCUCCUCCUUCAUCGAGCCUUUUCUCUUCCGGAAAAUCGCCUGGGAUUGGAAACCGAUUCCUUUCCGCAGAGUGCUUCUAUUGUUUCGUGCCAUCUUACAGAAACCAGAGCGCGCAUCCCAAAUUCGCCACUUGAGUCUUGUGUCGCAUGAAGAGGAAGAGGCUCGCGAUGACUGGAAGCCUCCAAGCUGCCAGACAGACUGUAAAAAAGAGAUUGCCAGCUUUCAGGAUGUCUUGCACCACGCUCAAGUGAUUGUCGAAUCUUCGGGGUUUCCAGAUACUAAUACCUGGGCCCUUGCUCUCAAACGCGGAAACCCAUAUGCUUUCGUGUCGAUCCUUCUCUCCCAACUCCACAACUUGCACUCUCUUCAGCUGGAUUUCUCUUUUGUGUGGCAGUCAGGGUUUCCGGGACUGAUGCUACGACAUGCUCUUCUUUCUUCUUCCUCCAAGUCUUCAUUAUCUCGGUUCAACUCGCUCACGGACGUGGACUAUGGCGCCAACGUUCCCUGUGACCAACAAUCUUUUGGUUAUCCAGAGAUUUACCAAGACCGUGGCUAUCCCCAGUGCAAUCCGGAACAAUUCCCUGCUUGGUUUUACUUACCGUCUCUUCGAUCCCUCAAAAUAUGGCUCCAGACUAAGCAGGGAGUCGAACUACCCGAUAGAACCCCUGAUCUCUCUCGGCUUCAGCGUCUGAUUCUAGCUCGAACAACCAUACAGGAGGCUCAGGUUCCCAAAGUCCUUUCCCUUGCCCCCCAUUUAGAAACCCUGCAUUUGGGAAUGGCUUAUAGAUGGGGCAAGGAAACAGCAUUACAAGACGGGUCAUUCAUCAUCCAAGGUCUGGAGUCCCUUCGGGAGUCUCUCAAAAACCUCUCCUUCGGUAUCGAGUACUUCCCACCCACCAUGUGCGGUAACGUCUGGCUGAAUGCGGAAGAGGCGAGGCUAAGCUCCCCAUUCUACGGCCUGUUGAAGCAUUUCCACAGCCUUCAUUCUGUGGAGAUGCCAGCCAAUCUACUGGCCGGAUGGGCGACGGAGCCAUCGGUUGAUCUGACAUUGGGUUUACCCGCCACAGUCGAGCAACUCUGUUUGCGGGCCGAUUAUCACACUAUCGAUGAGGAAGGCUGGCAUGAAGAUUGUUUGCUAGAUCUGGUCACGCAGAACGCAGCAAGGCUACGUCCGCAUAUGCCUGGUUUGAAACGACUCUCUGUGCGCGGGUGUCCAUUGCUCUUCGGCUCGCCCGUUCAUAACCAAGAAAGAGAUAUUGCGCGGGCUGCUUGUGCUCGGGAAGGGAUUGAAUUUGAGGUUAUAUGUGACGAUGUUUCCAACGGGAUCUGGACUGAGACAAGAAUGUCUUCUCAACGGCAGACACUUUAA